AUGGCUUGGGCUUGUGUUAUGCCUGAGGAAUUAUCUGUAGUUCCAAGAGGUCUUGUAUGUUUAGCAAAUCUUCAUACGCGUCAUCAUCCAGUACAUCGUUCUAUUUGGGAAUUACUUGAUAAAGAACGACCUAAUGCGCCAUUACGUUAUCGACUUGUAGAUAUUGAUGAACAAUAUCCACAUAGCAAAGCAAAACGUGCUACAUAUGAAUGGUAUGUUCCGAAAGGCAUACUCAAAACAAAUUGGAUGCAUAAACAUUUACAUUUAGUACCAAGUUUAAUAGUUAUCUUUUUUGAACUUGAUUGGAAUGAUCCAUUAUUUAAAGAUAAACAAAAUGAUUUAAAAAAUAAAAUUGAUAUGGUCAGAACAAAUCUUGAUGGCCGUACUGCUACUAUUUCAGUAGUACUUCUUCAAAAUAAAAAUAGUUUUCCAACGGUCGAUGAUGUCUAUAGUUCCGAACGUGAUCAAAUGGCUAAUACACUUUGUACUUAUUUUGAUAUACCAAAACGUUCUCUAUGUGUUUUACCUGUACUUCCACAACCUGAUAAUCUUUCAGCAUGGAUUGAUAGAUUAGAACAAACAUUUAUUGAAAGUAGUCAAAAUUAUUAUACGAAUGAAAUACGUCGUGUUAAAAAACAUAAAGACACAUUAAAUAAUAUAACACAUCAAUUAUUACAUAUACGUCAUCAAUUUAAAGUUGGAUUUUUUUCUGAACUUAAACAAGAUAUUCCAAGUGCUGUUAAGUCAUAUAAAAAUGCAUAUAGUUAUUUAACAGAAAAUGCUCGUAUUCAUGAUACAAAUAUACUUGAAAUGAAAAUGAUUGCUGGUUUUUUAGCUUAUAAAAUAUGUCGAAUUUCAUUUGAAUCAUCUCAACCAGUUGAAGCAAUUAAUCAUUUUCGUCGUCAUGCUGAUAUAUUUAAAAGUAAAACUGGUCCAACUGAUUUACUUUUCGAACAUAAAGCAUGGCUUUCAAAACAAUUUCAAACAUUUGGUGAUUUAUUUACACGUUGUCCAUUAGCAAUACAAACUCAACAUCCAGGGUUUUAUUAUCAAGAAGCAGCUUAUCAAUCAAUGGCUCGAAAGCAAAUUGCACAAACAUGUCGUCGAAUUGAACAACCUGAUUUUGAUUCAAGUGAAUUUUUAAAAACAACAGAAUUUUAUGGACAAAGACCAUGGAGACAACAUCAUCAAAGUAUGGAAAUAAGUGAUGCUCAAAAAGAACGAGAAGCCAUUGCUGCAUUACGAGAUGCUGAAUCUCGUGUUAAUCAUUCCGAAUUAAUUAUUUCCUUAUUAGUUCAAGCUAUUACUCAUUUUAAAAAACAUUCAUCAAAUCGAAUGAAACUUUAUUUAAUGUAUAAUCUAGCUGAAGAAUAUGUAUCAAGUAAAAAUUAUGAUAUAGCAUUAAAUUAUUAUAAUCAUAUUGUACAAGCUUAUCGAACUGAACAUUGGUGGCCAAUAUUAGAAGCGAUAUUACCUGCUGCAUUAAAAUGCGCUUAUUUGAGUGUUAAUCUUCAAGAUUGGAUACAAUUUAGUCUUGAAAUACUUAAUCCAAAUAUUAAUUUAUCGAUUCAAGUAAAAACUCAAACACAAACAAAUCUUGAAAAUUUAAUUAUUAAAAAUAUUAUACCACAAGGUGAAUGUACUAUAUCAUCAAUAAAUGAACAAUGGAAAGCACUACCUACAAAACAAAAAAUUUCAAUUGAUGCUGAUACAUUUAAAGGACUUUUGGAAUGUAAGGUCUAUUUUACUCAUGAAACUGUAUCAAUUGAUAGUGAAAUUACACUUCAAAUUGCACUCAAAAAUAAUUUUCCAUUACCUAUUGAAUUUAGUGAAUUAUUAACAUAUUUUAAUUUAAAAGAAUAUGAUGGUCUAGCUAAUGUUACUAAUGCUGAACAAUUAAAAUUUUCUUCAGGUGAACAACGAAUAUUAACUUUUAAUUUUGCACCAAAAAAUGAUCAUGUUCAACGAUUACUUGAAAUUACAUCUGUUUCAUUAACUUAUGGUAUGACAAAUGAAACUCAUGUUGAUUUUCAAUGGCGAAAUAGUUUACAAUCAAAUCCAUCUUUUCAACAAAUAUCUCUUACACCUAAAUGGCGAACAAAAGCUGGUCAUAUUCUAUGGGAAAAUUUACCAAUUAGACGAAAAACAAAUAUCAUUAUGAGAGCAGCAGAAGUAAAAUUAACUGUUGAACAUCAAUUACCUGUACUUCUCUAUGAAUCUUAUCCUAUGAAAAUUCAAAUAAAAAAUUGUGAAAAUGUUGAUAUACAUUCAGCAACUUUGACUUGUACUUGUUCAACUUCAGAUGACAGUUCUCAAACAUCAGAUGAUACUUUUCUUUCGUAUUCAAUAACGGAUAGUAAUACUGAAACAACAGCACAUUUAUGUUCAAUGACAUUUGAAAAAAUUAAAAAAGAUGCCGAAAUUGAUCAAGAUUUAUAUGUACGAUGUAAUACUAAUCGUUCUCGAGAUAUUACUAUUCGGAUGAGAAUUGAAAAUUAUCUACAAAAUGUUACACUUGUAUUUUUUUAUUACUUGAUUAUAGUACAAUUAAAAUUAAAUGAAGUAGUAACUGAAGGUUUUUGUCUUCGUACUCAACCAAUUGCUGCACCUAUUGUUCAAAAUCUUCUUGUUGGUGAAUAUAGUUUAUAUUGGAAACGAUCAAGUCAUCCACAUAUUCCUGAAUUAUGUACAACAUUUUCAUUAUCUGAUUUUAAUGUUGAACAACAACAAGUUUAUAUUGAAGUAACAAUACCAAAUCAUGUACCUUUACAAGAACCAUUUCAAAUUAAUUAUCGUAUACAUAAUCGAUCAAAUAUUGUUCAUGAAUAUAAAGUUAAUCUUGAACAAAUUAAUCUUAUUGUUGCUGUUUCUGGUAGUACAAUAACAUCAUUACUUGUUCCACCACAUAGUUCAUCAGAUGUUAGUUAUACAUUAGUUGCAACACUUUGUGGUUUUGUACAAUUACCAAAAUUUAAAUUAUCAAUGAUACGUCCACAAUCACAAGAAGUUGAUGAAUCAAUUGAUAAAACAUUACCGACACAUAUUUUUGUUGUACCAUCAUCAAAAAAUGAAUAA